AUGGGCAAGAGCAUGCUCUUGAGAUGCUUUUGCUUCUCAUCUGAAAAUGAUCCAUCAACAAACUCCAGCGCUAACAAGAAAAGGGAUUAUCCAUGGGAAGUAUACACCCUCAAGCAGAUUGUAAAUGCAACCAACAACUUUCAUAAUGAUAACAAGAUUGGCGAAGGCGGGUUCGGAAGCGUUUACCGGGGUCGAACAAGUAAAGGCGUCGAGAUAGCAGUGAAACGGCUAAAGACCUUGAGUGCAAAAGCGGAAAUGGAGUUUGCAGUGGAAGUAGAGAUACUUGGCAGAGUGAGACAUAAGAAUUUGUUAGGCCUAAGGGGAUUUUAUGCUGGAGACGAUGAAAGGUUGAUCGUAUAUGAUUACAUGCCUAACCAUAGCUUGAUCACUCAUCUACACGGUCAACUCGCUGCCGAUUGCCUUCUUGAUUGGUCACGACGAAUGAGUAUUGCAACUGGAUCGGCUGAGGGACUAGCGUAUUUGCACCACGAAGCAAAUCCGCACAUAAUACACAGAGACAUAAAGGCCAGCAAUGUACUUCUGGAUUCGGAAUUCGUACCGAAGGUUGCUGAUUUUGGUUUUGCUAAGCUAAUCCCGGACGGGGUGACGCACCUGACUACGAGAGUGAAGGGAACAUUAGGAUAUUUGGCUCCAGAAUACGCCAUGUGGGGGAAGGUUUCGGAGAGCUGUGAUGUGUAUAGCUUCGGAAUAUUACUUCUGGAAAUCAUAAGCGGUAGAAAGCCACUGGAGAAGCUGCCGGGCGGGGUUAAGCGGGACAUAGUGCAGUGGGUUACACCCUUGGUGCAAAAGGGUGCAUUCGAUCUAAUUGGUGAUCCCAGGUUGAAGGGAAAACUUGAUCGCUCCCAGUUAAAAGCGGCGGUGAUGAUUGCCAUGAGAUGCACCGAUGGAAAUCCGGAGAACAGACCUCUCAUGAUGGACGUUGCGGAUUGGCUAAAGUGGGGCAUUGGGAUACGGAAGAAGGAGAUCAAAAUAGUUAACAAGGUCGUUGACGACGAAACUGAUGGUGAGGAAGAAGAAGAAGAGACUGAUAAUGAGGGGUACGCAAUGGACAAAUCCACGAGGAGAAUGACGGGCGGUAGAGCAGCCGGUGGAGCAAGAAAGGAUUAG